GUCAGUUUAACCGAAAGUGAAAGUUUCUCUCUCAGACUCGACUCCAUUUUGUCGCUGUUGGAAAAGCAGAAAAACUUCAACAGCAGGCCGAAACGGUGAUAUUAAUGUCACACAACAUGGACUGCUGAAUAAAAGAGUGUAAGUAAUUCCAGCAGAAGCCAUCAGCAUCUUCAGGACUCAGCUGUGUGUCCACGAGCUGUCUGUGUAUACACUAAUAUUCAAACAUGGAGACCCCUGACCUGGACACAGAUGAUGUGACUCCACCCUCAAAAAACCAUAAACUACAGAGAAAGAGAUCAGACUCACCGGAACCCAGCUGUGUCUCCAUGAAGAGUGAUGCGUCUAUGGAUUUUCCUCUGACCUUUAGAAACAGAGACUCCUCAUCUGCACACAGUCAACGACAGAGAAAGAGAUCAGACUCACCAGAACCCAGCUGUGUCUCCAUGAAGAGUGAUGCGUCUAUGGAUUUUCCUCUGACCUUUAGAAACAGAGACUCCUCAUCUGCACACAGUGUUCUACAGAAGUCAGGAGACAGAAGAGAAAAGAACAUCACAGCUACAGGACACGACCCAGAACCUGCUGCUGUAAAUGAAUUCCAGAAAAAGUUCAAAUUAAAUCUGAUGAAGAAAUUUCAGUGUUUAAACGGAGUGAUGAUAAACCCGGAAAACCGAACACUCCUGAAUGAGAUCUACACAGAGCUGUACAUCACAAAGGGAAACAGUGGAGACGUCAAUAAAGAACAUGAGGUGAGACAGAUCGAGGCAGCAUCCAGGAGAACAACAACAGAGGAAACACCAAUCAAAUGCAAUGACAUCUUUAAGCCGUUAUCUGAUCAAGACAAACCCAUCAGAACUGUGCUGACAAAGCCCUUAUCUAAAAAAGACAAACCCAUCAGAACUGUGCUGACGAAGGGAGUCGCUGGCAUCGGAAAAACAGUCUCUGUGCAGAAGUUCAUUCUGGACUGGGCUGAAGGGAAAGCAAAUCAGGACAUCCACCUCAUUUUUUCACUUCCUUUCAGAGAGCUGAAUUUGAUGAAGGACCAGAAACUGAGUCUGAUGGAUCUCCUUCAUGUCUGUUUUAAGGAGACAAAAGAAACAGAAAUGUCCAGUUUGGAAAAGGUUCUGUUCAUUUUUGAUGGAUUGGACGAGUAUCGUUUUCCUCUGGAUUUCCAGAACACAGAGAGAGUGUGUGAUGUAACUGAAUCAGCAUCAGUGCAUGUGCUGCUGAUAAACCUGAUCAAAGGGAAUCUGCUUCCCUCUGCUCUCAUCUGGAUCACCUCCCGACCCGCAGCAGCUGAUCAAAUCCCCUCUGAGUGUGUCCAUCGAGUCACAGAGGUACGAGGGUUCAAUGACCCACAGAAGGAGGAUUACUUCAGGAAGAGGAUCAGUGAUCAGAGCCUGGCCAAUAACAUCAUCACACACCUGAAGUCAUUAAGAAGCCUCUACAUCAUGUGCCACAUCCCAGUCUUCUGCUGGAUUUCAGCCACUGUUCUAGAGAGAAUGUUGGAUGAAGCAGAGAAUGGAGAGAUCCCCAAGACUCUGACUCAAAUGUACACACAUUUCCUCAUCAUUCAGACAAACAUCAUAAGAGACAAGUACUCAAAGAAGCAGGAGAGUGAUGAAGAAAUGCUUCUCAAACUGGGACAACUGGCUUUUGAGCAGCUGAAGAAAGGCAACCUGAUCUUCUAUGAGGAAGACCUGAGAGGGUGUGGCAUUGAUGUGAGAGAAGCAGCAGUGUACUCAGGUGUGUGUACACAGAUCUUCAGAGAAGAGUUUGGACUUCACCAGAGUAAAGUGUACUGCUUUGUUCAUCUGAGCAUUCAGGAGCAUCUCGCAGCUCUGUAUGUGCACCUGACAUUCAUGAUGGAAAAGAAAAAUGUUCUUAAACAGAGUGGGAUUUCUGAACCAGAGAUUUCAUCUAAUGAAGAGGAUGAAUCUGAGAUGUCCUCUGACCAGUUGACUGAAGAAAUUACAAUCUCAGCUGUCCACAAGAGUGCUGUACAUCAGGCCAUAAAGAGUCAGACUGGACAUCUGGAUCUUUUCCUCCGCUUUCUUCUGGGUCUCUCACUGGAGUUCAAUCAGAAACUCUUACAUACCUUAGUAUCACAUACAGGAAGUAGCUCCCAGAUAGGACAGUGGAGCACAGUACAGUACAUUAAGAUGAAGAUCAAUGAAGAUCUUCCUACAGAGAAAUCCAUCAAUCUGUUCCACUGUCUGAAUGAACUGGGGGACAAUUCUCUAGUGGAGGAAAUCCAACACUACCUGAAAUCUGGAAAACAAAGUGAACUCUCUUCUUCACAGUGGUCUGCUCUGGUGUUUGUCCUACUGACAUCAGCAGAGGAACUGGAGGAAUUUGACCUGAGUAAAUAUAUCUCUACAGAUAACAUAAGAGAUGGGAUUCUUGUGAAGGUGAUGCCUGUGAUUGCAGCAUCCAGAAAAGCAAUCAUCAGGUGUGAUACAAUUCAACAAAGUGGUUGGUCAGCUCUGGCCUCAGUGCUCAGCUCAGAAACCUCCAAUCUGAGAGAACUGCAUCUGACUGUGGAUACACUUGAUCUGACUUGGAGUAAUCUAGGAGACUCAGGAGUGAAGCGUCUCUCUGCUGUACUGGAGAAUCCUCAGUGUACAGUAAAAAAUCUGAAGUUGUGGAGUUGUGGUGUCACAGAUGAAGGCUGUGCUGCUCUGACUUCAGCUCUGAGAUCAAACCCCUCACACCUGAGAGAACUGGAUCUGUCUAGGAAUAAUCUAGGAGACUCAGGAGUGAAGUGUCUCUCUGCUGUACUGGAGAAUCCUCACUGUAAACUGGAGAUACUGAAGUUGAGUUAUUGUGGUGUCUCAGAUGAAGGCUGUACUGCUCUGGCUUCAGCUCUGAGAUCAAACCCCUCACACCUGAGAGAACUGGAUCUGACUCUGAAUAAACUUGGAGAUUCAGGAGUGAAGUGUGUCUCUGCUGUACUGGAGAAUCCUCACUGUAAACUGGAGAUACUGAAGUUGUGUCAUUGUGAUAUCUCAGGUGAAGGCUGUACUGCUCUGACUUCAGCUCUGAGAUCAAACCCCUCACACCUGAGAGAACUGGAUCUGACUGUGAAUAAUCUAGGAGACUCAGGAGUGAAGUGUCUCUCUGUUGUACUGGAGAAUCCUCACUGUAAACUGGAGAUACUGAAGUUGUAUAGGUGUGAUAUCUCAGAUGAAGGCUGUGCUGCUCUGGCUUCAGCUCUGAGAUCAAACCCCUCACACCUGAGAGAACUGAAUCUGACUGGGAAUGAAAUAAGUUCCUCAGGAGUAAAGUGUCUCUCUGCUCUGAAGAAUGAUGGACAUUACAAACUACAGUCACUGAGACUAUACACAUCUGAUCACUGAGUAGAACGACCUGUGACCCCUGGACAACAUUUCCUCAAUCCCAAUGAAAACCUGAGGGAUUAUUUGGAUCAGCAGGUGAAAAACCACACGAACUCCAGCUGGACCCAGUCAGUGGAAGACGGAGCUGAAAUGGACAGGAACAGUUUCAUGGCAUUGGUGGGAUUCUCACCUGACAGGAUUAGCAUCUGAGGAGUUUAUGUGAAGAAGCCCCUGGGAGACUCACUGCAAGUCACAUUUAUCACUCUGUCCUUUAGCUGGUAUUUAAUAUAGUGUAGAUUUUUUGGUUCCAGGAUCAGAUCUAAUCUGUUCUUUAUUUUCUCUGAUAUCUGAUCCCCAUUUCUUUGCUAGUAUCAGCUGAUCAUACCCGGUAUGGGAUCAGUGCCUUCUCUAUUACUUAAGUAUACACUACUUGCAAUACUUUGCGUAAUUGUGUCAGUCAAAUACAGUACAUUUUGAAGAAGUGAAUAUGUUGUAUCUUUGUAUUAGACUACAACUUGGGAAGAAUACAGUAGACACUCGGAGGUAAAGUUAACUCGUGUAUUAAAACCAGAGCAAGAGAGAGAAACAUAUCAAUGCGCAUGGCUAAUUACCAAUCAGAAAUCAAUGCUAAAGAAAUCGAUCCACUCUAAACACUACAGUCUUUAGUUCUGCUGGAAAAACCCCAGAUGGAAAAUGAUGGAAAGUGGGGAACGGACACAGAGUUUAUGUUGAACUUCAGCUUAUAAACCACAAUAAUGCCUCCGCCUCUGCCAGAUAACCUCGGGAGAGCUAAUACUCCAAAUCCCGCUGGAGUGAUCUGAUUAAACAGGAUCAUUUUCUUUAUGCCAGGUUUCAGUUACGAACAACAAGUCCAGCUUUUUAUCUGUAAGAAAAUCCGAUAAAAGCAGCGCCUUGUUAUUCACAGACUGCGCAUUGAAUAAAAUUUUUACGUAGCCACAUAUAAAGAAAUGCUGUGAAGCAAAGAUGCCUUCAAAAAUAAUAAAAUUACAUGUUUCUACAUUUAAAAAAAUACUAUAAAGUGCAGUAAACAGUAAUAAGUUAAACAAAGUCAGUAUUUGGUGUGACGACCCUUUGCCUAGGGGGAAAAAAAAGUAUUCUCAGGAACACUUGUUUAGUUUUAUAAUGAAAUUUGCUGAUAAGUUUUACUGAGCAUCUUGGAGAAUCCGCUGCAGUUCCUCUGACUGUCGCACUCAUGCCUUUUUUUUUUUUCCGCUAAUGUAGAAGUCAUAAAAUCUAUAACAAAAUACAGUUUAUACAUAUAUGCAUAUAUACACUGUACAGCGCUGUGCAAAGGUCAUCAAUAAUUAUUCAGCGGUGAAAAUGAUUAUAAAUGUACAGUACAUUAAUUCCAGUUUCAGUCAAACAGCCACACAUGCAGGUCAAUAUUAAAAAUAAAUAUUUAUGAUUUCAUACUCUCUUAACUGUUCAGUAGUCUGUGAUUUAUGAUCAGUAACAAUAACGAUGGAAAAUUAUAUUCAACAGAAAGUCACACAGGUCUUCAACAUUAAGAACAGGAUGAAUUUAUUCCAACAGGAAGAUCUUGUUUUAAUGCCGCACACUGACACAUGAUGAUGAUGAUGAUGAUGAUGAUGAUGAUGAAUGAUUUGCUGUGAUGUAAUUAACAGUGUAUAUUACACUCCCUGUUAUAACACUGGUGUUACUAAACUUCUGAACAAGUCUGAUUUAAUUUGUAAAUCAGUCAAAAAGAUGUCAGCAAGACGUCGUGUGUGUGUGUGUGUGUGUGUGUGUGUGUGUGUGUGUGUGUGUGUGUCUUUUAAAAGCUGGGUAUUCUGGGUAUAAACAGAUUCAGAAAACACAUGAAUACUUAAUGUCAUAUAUAAUAUGCAAAUACAUAUUAAAUGUAAAUAAAAAUAAAUAUGAUAAGAAUG